AAGUGACUAGUUAAUAAAUAAAAUUGAAAAACAUGGUUUGUUACUUAAAAAUAAAAGAGUUGUGCUAGUAACUAGGAGUGGAGCUAUACAAGAGGAGAUCGAGAUUCGAGAUUCGAGAUUCGAGAGAUCGUUGUUUGUUGCAGAGAUGGAAUCAUCGUCACCACCAGAGAGCCGUAAGAUCUAUAUGGAACUGUUGCAGAAGCUCCAAUCUGAGCCAUCUGAGGAUGUUCCUCCUUCUCUCGAGUAUUCCAUGAUUAUGGAUGAGUUGAGGAGAAUAGAUCGAUACAUGGAGGGGCAAUUCAGAUCCAUUAUCCGGGAACAAGCUCGCCAAAGGGAUGCCAUAGUUCGUGAGAAACCCCAAUUUGAGCCAUCUGAUGAGUAUGUUCCCAAGAGGCCCAAGUAUGAACACUCAGCGGAGCCAUCUGACACAUUGAAAGCUCAAGAAGAAGCAGUUCAACCUCCACCUCCAGAGGAUUCCAUCAUUCUACGUUGAUAUAAUGCCAUUUAAUUAAACUCUUCUUUUGAUUUACGUUGUUGCUUCCUUGUUUUUAUAAAUUGCUAUAUGUAUAAGCACAUUGUCACAAUAAAACUGACUUCUUUAGGUCACCCUUGUGCCAGCAAAUUGAAAGCAUGUUAAACAUUUCUGUUCAAUUUUUUGCUACUGUUCUUGACAAAACGGAAACUAAGUUUGAAAAUGGAUCUUCAUCCUCAACUUGGAACUUCUUGGGGUUCCAACUGGGAUGAUGGUGGUGUUGUGGACAAAGAGGAAAGACUAUGAUGAAGGUGAUGUCAUGGAAGAGACAUGCAAAAUGGAGGCAAAAUUUGUGGAAGGCUCAGAGGAGGUGAGGAAGCAACUUCAUUAUUAUUGCUAUGUGUGUAACAAAUAAUCUUAAAGGUGGAAUUGUUCCCAUGGCAUAUCCUAUAUCUAAGAAGAUAUAUUUCAAACA